AUGGACAAAGGUCUGACUGGUUUGGAGCCGAAGGUGGAGAAUCUCCAACAACUGCAUGAAACCAUUGCUGAUGCCGCCGGAGAAGAAACCCCGAAAAAGAUGGGAGAAUCUUUUAAAGAUGAGGCGAGAGAAAAAGAGGAAGAAGCUGACUUGUCAGAAGUGGCAAAAUCUGAAGCCCAAGAAAGUUUAGAUUCGUGUCUGGCACUAGUAAGAUCCCUUCAUAAAAAAUGUUUCCCUGAUGAUGCGAGUUCUUCAGACGAGAUUGAUGACAGAAAUACGAUGGAUGUUUUGGAGAACAUUGAAAAACACAUUCUGGAGCAACUGAUGCUCAUUGAAUAUAAACGAACGAUCGAGGCUUCCGAUGAAGACUUGCCUCCAGCUGUCUCCGAAACAGAUGAACCAAAUAUUGAUGAACCGGAAGUAACAGACAGUGCUGACUUAAUUCAACCACGAUUAUUAAAGAGUGAAAUUGAGCUUCCCAUCUUAAAUGACUUAAAGAGGAGAACUUCCGUUUUAUCCCUGGACGAUCUGAAGCAGAUGGCUGUAGAUGUCCUGAGCAAACUGGGAUCGGAGGGAAGCAGGGAUGACGAUGUCGAAGAAGAUUCAGCGAAAAGUGAUAAAUGA